GUCAAGGGUUAAUAUUCCAACAAGCCCAACCAUAAAGAUGUCCAGCUCUGUCCUCCCUUUUGUGAGAGGAGUCGACUUCUCUGGGAAUGAUUUACAGGAAUCAGAACUGAAAGAAAAUGUCCUCCAUAUGAACAACCUUCGUUGGCUUCGUCUCAAUCGUACCCAGAUUGAGAAGAUACCCGAUCAUAUUGAAAAAUUCUCCAAAUUGGAGGUUUUAUCUGCCAUUCAUAAUCAAUUAAAAGGGAUUUAUGAUAUCGACCCUUCGAUCUACCCUUCCCUCAAGGUUGUUAACGUACGAGACAAUCAGCUACGAGACAGUAGCAUCCCACCAGACCUCUUCAACCUUACUGAGCUAGUCACACUGGAUCUAAGUUACAAUUCUCUCACAAAGGUACCAGAUAAGUUAAAGGAGGUGAAAGAGCUCGGCCUCAUCGUAUUGAAUCUCAGUAAUAACAAACUGACCAGUGUUCCCGGGCAGUUAUUUGUUCAUUGUUCGUGUCUACGUCAUCUUGAUCUGAGCCAUAAUGAAAUACAAUCACUUCCUCCACAGAUAAGAAGGUUGGAUCAACUGACAUCACUGAUUGUUGGUAACAAUCCAAUGCAACAUUUCAUGUUCAAGACAAUGGACAAACUAGUUAAUUUAACUAUGCUCGAUUUAUCAAACUGUGGGAGGGAUUUGGAUAACACCCCCCACCUGGACAAGCUUGUCAAUCUCACCGAUAUCAACAUGUCCGGAAAUAACUUGCCUAGAAUUCCCGAGUCCAUUUACCUCCUGGACAGAUUAUCCCGUAUCAAUUUCAGUCACAACCAGAUAAGAGAACUAUCAUCGCUCGUCGAUACUUGGUUGGAGUUGGUUACUCUUGAUUUAACAGAUAACCUCUUAACAUCGUUACAUCCUCACAUAUGCAAGUGUACUAAGUUAAAGAGGUUAUUCAUCAGCGACAACAAGAUAACAUUCGGAGGGAUACCAGCUGGAAUAAACAAACUAGCGACUCUGACUCAUUUUGUUGCUGCUCGUAAUCAAAUGGAGUGCAUACCCGAAGGAUUGUGUCGCUGCUACACGCUCAAGAGUCUCAUACUGAACUCUAAUGUGCUCGUGACCCUCCCUGAGGCCAUCCAUUAUCUUAAACUGGAGACUCUUGAUGUGAGCGAUAAUCCUAAGCUAGUGUUUCCUCCUAAACCUGUGGCUCAGACUAUUGGAGCCGGUGCUGAGUUUUAUAAUAUUGACUUUGAUACCAAACUCCUGAGACAGGGGGCCGUCCAGGCAUCAGGGAAACCUACUAAAACCUCUUACACAAAGCAAAAGGAACGUUUUAUGAAGCUCCAGAAGAACAGACGGAGUUCAGUCACAACAAAAGGAGGAGAGGCAGCAGCUGCUAAAGUUUUAAAAGGUCUAGUUGAUAUUGCUGAUUAUAAGCAGCAGCAGCAGCAAACGGAUGUGAUGAGCGCUGGAGCUGCCGUUGCUACAGUAGAAGAGGAACAAGUUCACUCACCGAGAAAGCCAAAGAGAUGGGAUGAGAUAUUGGUAAGACCUGAUUUGGACUACAGCACUAUCUUUAUGGAGGAGAUUGGCUCACUCCCUGGACUCACAGUCUGGCAAAUUGAUAACUUUUAUCCUGUCCUGGUUGAUGAAGCUUUUUAUGGUCAUUUCUAUAUGGGAGACGCUUACAUCAUACUUGACACGUAUUUCAAUGACGCGUCUGAGCUUGAAUGGAAGAUAUAUUUCUGGAUAGGAAGAGAUUCAUCGAUUGAUAAGAAGGCGUGUGCUGCCAUGCAUGCUGUUCACCUUCGCAACAAGUUGAGCGCUAAGGGAAGGACAAGGAGAGAGGAGCAGGAGGACGAAUCCGAUGAAUUCCUUGAACUUUUUGAUUCAAACAUCAACUACAUUGAAGGUGGAACGAUCAGUGGGUUUUAUACUGUCGAUGAUAUAGACAACACUGUUGCUUUGUAUAAGCUCUGUGGCGAGCAUAAUGGAACUAAACUUCAUGUUGAAGCUGUUGCAAUGAAGAGUGAUUCUUUAGAUCAUAAUCACGUGUUUUUCCUUGAAGUUGGUAAGAAGUUUAUUAUGAUGUGGGAGGGAGGCAGAUCAAAGCUAUCAGAGAGAGCAAAGGCCCGUCUCAUUGCUGAGAAAAUAAAUAAAUUGGAGAAGAAGAAUGCUGCCGUCAUUGCCUCUUUCAAAGCUGGCACUGAGCCAGAAGAAUUCUGGGAUGUUUUUGGAGGUUAUCCUAACAAACCAAUCAAAACUGUCUCAUUAGCUGAGUGUUCAAAAAAAGCUAAACCAGUUUUAUACAAAGCAGCAAUGGGGCAGGGAUACCUUGAACUACCACAAGUUGAGUGUCCUAAUGGGUUAGAGAAGAAGUUGUUGAAAGCUCAUGAAGUCUACAUACUAGACUGUCACUCUGAGAUCUUUGUUUGGAUUGGUCAAAAGUCUUCACGUCUAGUGCGAGCGGCUGCCCUCAGGUUAGCCGAUGAGCUCCUUCAAAUGGUGUCACGUCCUUCUGUUGCUUCAGUCUGUCGUGUCUUGGAAGGUGUUGAGUCAAUGAAGUUUAGACUUUGGUUCAAUGACUGGGACGACAUUAUAACUGUUGAUUAUACUGUGUCAGCUAAAGCAUUGGAGAAAAGGAAAAAAGAUAUCAAUUUAUUUGGCACUCCAGAGAAGAAAGCUGCUAAAGUGGAUCUCUCUGCUUUGUUCCUUCCCCGUAAUGUUCUCAUGACCAACAGUGAAUCUGAGGAACUCUCCUCCUACUACAACGGUCUACUCAAGACAAUGCAGUGCUGUAUCAUUGAGCCUAGAAACAAAUUCUCAAUAUUACCAAGAACUGAGAAAGGUCACUUUUACAGUGGUGAAUGUUAUUUCUUUUUGUGUCAGUAUGCUAUUGAGUCUGAUGCUGAUGAUAGUGAGGAAGAUGAAGAAUUACAAACUGUUGUCUAUUUCUGGCAGGGCCAGGAUGCUACUAAGAUGGGAUGGCUACAGUUCACUCUUGGGAUUCGUAAACAGUUAGAGAAAGCCAUGGGUUCCAUUGAAGUUGUCUCUAUGAAGCAGCAACAAGAGAGCUUCCAGUUUUUGUCUCAUUUCGGUGGAAAGUUCAUCAUACACAGGGGUAAAAGGAAUAGUGGGGUCGAUGUAUACAAGCCAGCAUUAUAUCAGAUAAGAGCCAACAACAGUCGCCUCUCAAGAAGAGUUGUUCAAGUCACAGCUGAGCCAAAAUAUCUCAACUCAAAUUUCUGUCAUAUCUUGAAGGUCCCUUUUGAAAACUCUCCUGGCACAGGGAUAGUCUAUAUAUGGAUAGGAAGCAAAACUACCACCGAGGAGUCAAUACAUGCUGAACAGAUGGGUAGAUCAAUGUUUGAGUCGACCUACUCAAAUGUUGUCAUCAGGGAAGGAGCUGAGCCUGAGAACUUCUUUUGGGUGGCAUUAGGAGGACGUGGAGACUAUAGCCAAGAAGCUGAUUACAUGAAAAAGAAGAGAUUGUUUCGAUGCUCCAAUGAAAAAGGCUUUUUCUUUGUUUCUGAGAAGACUCCCGAUUUCUGUCAAGGUGAUCUUUCGGAUGAAGACGUGAUGUUACUAGACAACGGAAACGAAGUCUUUGUAUGGUUUGGUGCCUCUUGCAGUGACAUUGAGAAGAAGCUUGCAAUGAAGAGUGCUCAGCUAUACAUUAAGUUUCAAGCAGAAGAAGGCGAGAGUGAGGAAGUGGACGGAGAAGAGAAGAAGCCAUCAAACAGAAAGUUUAAACUGGCCAAGAGAGGACUGGAGCCUUGGGAGUUCACUAUUUGUUUCCACGGCUGGAGGCCAAUCCCUUCAUCAUCUUAAAAACCUCUUGUACAUGUACAUGCUCUCUUCUUUGUUUUAUUAUCAUCUGUACUUUCACUUACUCAUUUUUUUCACUUGUGAGUGUAUGUAUGUACAUGUACACGUGUAUGUUCAUAAAGUUGUUGUGUAGCUAGUAUAGACUCUCUCAUUGAAAUGUCAUUUUUAAUUUAAAAAAAAUUUUUUACUCAACA